AUGGCCAUCAGUUAAACGGAUAUCUUCAGUGUUUCAACAACAUAAUUCCUUCUGCGUUUAAAUAUGUCUUCGAGCGAUACCAAAGCCCUUGAACUGUUGUUCCAGCGUCCUCUGGAACCUGUUUUUACAUCGCGUGACAACGGCAAGGCCGCUUUCGAUUUACCCGACAGUUACUACACCGAUCGUUACAGUAGUUCCAAUGUAGAAUUGCAAACCCGUUACGGCGAUAAUGUCGAAGUCAAGAUUCCAUUGCGUGACCUGGCCCGAAAACCCAACUUGGACUUUGCCAAAGUUAUUGGAAGGAAACAGCAGUUCUCCCUGUUCCAGGAUCAACAUAUGAAGGUGGCUAGCCAACUUAUUAGCCUGUUCAUGGAUAGUCCUGAUUUACAAAGUUUUGCUUCACUCUGUGCCUAUACAAAGGACCGCGUCAAUCCUUUGCUGUUCCAGUACUGUUAUUCCGUUGCUAUUCAACAUCGUCGGGAUACACGAAAUAUUCGUGUUCCACCAAUUGCUGAAACUUUCCCCUCAAACUUCGUAGAGCCUUCGCUUUUGCAGGAUGCUCGCCAAGAGGCUUCUCUUGUACCGGAUCCAAACAAACGUACUCUAAUCGAAAUUCCCAGGAAUUAUACUGCCUCCGAUUUGGAAGAUGAACAACGUGUUGCCUAUUUCCGUGAAGAUAUCGGGGUGAAUAUGCAUCAUUGGCACUGGCAUUUGGUGUAUCCCGCAGAGGGACCACGUGAGGUUGUUGCAAAGGAUCGUCGCGGCGAGUUGUUCUACUAUAUGCACCAUCAAAUUAUAGCCCGCUACAAUGUCGAACGUUUCUGCAACAACUUGAAACGUACCGAAAUCAUGAACAACUUGCGUGAACCCAUUGUUGAGGGAUACUUCCCCAAACUCUUGAGCAGUGUUAAUAACCGCACAUAUCCCGGCCGCGUGGCCAACACGGUUUUGCGUGACAUGAACCGGGUGAAUAAUGUUCUCGAAGUGUCUGAUUGCGAAAGAUGGCGUGAUCGUAUUUUGGCAGCCAUUGAUCAAGGAUUUGUUCAAGAUGCUGCUGGAAAACGCAUACCUUUGGACGAAGUAAAGGGCAUUGAUAUUCUCGGCGAUAUGGUUGAAGCUUCUUCCUUGUCGGUUAAUCGCCAAUAUUAUGGUAAUCUCCAUAACAUGGUUCACAAUCUGAUUUCCUUUGCCCACGACCCUGACGCUCGCCACUUGGAAGAGUACGGGGUAAUGGGUGAUGUGACAACUGCAAUGCGUGACCCCGUUUUCUACAAAUGGCAUGGCUACUUGGAUACGCUCUUCAAUAAAUUCAAGACCCUCUUGCCACCAUACGACCAAAACCAUUUGAGUUACCGCGGCAUUACCAUUAACAACGUUGAGGCCAGAAUCAAUUCCCGUACAGCAGCACCGAAUGUGCUCUUGACCUAUUGGCAAAAAUCGAAUGUCGAUUUGGCUGCUGGUUUGGACUUUGGUCCCAACGGCAGUGUCUUCGCCACCUUCACUCAUUUGCAACAUGCUCCAUUCGAAUAUGUGGUCAAUGUGACAAACUCCAAUGGCACCCCCAAGAAGGGAACAUGUCGCAUUUUCCUGUGCCCCAAGACCGAUGAACGCGGAACACCACUAAGUCUUGAGGAUCAACGUCUAUUGGCUAUCGAGAUGGACAAAUUCACUGUCAAUUUGACCCCUGGAAGAAAUACCAUUCGUCGUCGUUCUGAUGAAUCGUCUGUUACCAUUCCAUUCGAAAGAUCUUUGCGUCGUGUAGGACCCAAUGCACAACCAACAGACGCUGCAGCUUUGGCUUCAUUCCAGUUCUGCGGCUGUGGAUGGCCCGAUCACCUUCUAUUGCCCAAGGGCAAACCCGAGGGUAUGACCUUCGAUUUGUUUGUCAUGAUCUCUGAUUAUGCCAACGAUGCUGUGCAACAGACCAACAAUAGCCCCGAUGUUUGUGGCGAUGCCUAUUCAUUCUGUGGUUUGAAGGACAAACUCUAUCCUGAUAGACGAACAAUGGGCUUCCCAUUCGAUAGACGUUUGCCAGGCAAUACUUUGACUGCUCUGACAUCGUCUUGCACAAAUUUGAUGAAAACUGAUGUGAAAAUUAUUUUCAAUGAUCAAGUAGUCGAUAGAACUUAAUCUGAGUUGGGUUGUAAUCUGGAGAUUGAACGACAUAAAUAAAUUACACUAAAAUGCAAAUAAUAUACAAAUUAA